GUAGACUGCGUGUAUACACAGUGAGCUACUGUAUCAUCAGAGUAGUUCCUGCUGAUAAAGAUGUAAAUUUUUCUCCAAAAUGACUGGCUAUAUGAAAUUUUUGUGGUGACAAUGUGACUGUCGCACCAGGGAAUCAGCGAAGUGACUCUGAUGAGGAAUGAACGACGGCCCUCAGCCAAACCCAGAUCAUCCAGAAACAUGAGCGGCCUGGCAGCAGCGGCACUGAACUCGUCUCUCAACCGGACCUCAGACCUGCCCUGCGGCCACGUGGACACCUCGGCCCAGCUGGUCUUCAUGCUGGUCUGCAGUCUGCUGUUUCUGGUGGGUUUGGUCCUCAACAGCUUCACGCUGAAGGUUUAUUUCUGCCGUGCUCAGCAGCAGCAGCUCUCCAGCAGCGUGACCAUCUACCUGAAGAAUCUGGCGGCUGCAGACUUCCUCCUCAGCCUCUGUCUGCCCCUUCGCAUCGCCAACUACAUCAGCGACUCCGCCCUGGUCCGGCAGGCCUACUGCCACUUUGGCGCCUCGGCCUUCUACCUCAACAUGUACGCCAGCAUCCUGUUCAUGGGGUUCAUCGCCGCUAACAGGUAUCUGAAGAUUGUCCAUCCUUUGGGAACCCACAUCCUGCAGAAGGUGCGAGCCGCCUACAUCAUCUCCGUGGUGACCUGGGUGUCCCUCCUCACCUUGACGGGUGUCUACGUCAUCAUGUCGCUCCUCACCCAGCCGUCUCUGCCCUCUGUCCCCGCCAGCAACAGCUGCAGCGUCCUCCACAGCUCGCCAGCCAAGCUGCUCUACAAGAUCAUCCACUGCUGCUCCGCCACUGUCUUCUUCUUCGUGCUCGUCUCCCUGGUCUACUUCUACUACAGCACCUCCCGCAGGCUGACGCUGGUGCAGCAGAGGCAGCCAGGAGCCAGCGCAGCUUCUCAGGGCUCCAGGAAGCUUGCCAAGUCCCGCAGGAACAUGCUGGUGCUGGUGAGCGUGUUCUGCAUUUGCUUCAUCCCGUACCACCUGGUCCGCAUCCCCUAUACCUUUCUACAGAAAAAGUGCAUGUGGAGCGGGGUGUUCUUCUACCUGAAGGAGCUCACUGUUACGCUGUCGGUUCUCAACGUCUGCCUUGACCCGCUCAUCUACUUCAUCUUCUGCAAGGCCUUCAGGGCCCAGAUGCGCCUCAGGAGAGUGUUCAGCACCACGCAGGUGCCAACCCAGGUGCCAUACGUGGAGAGGAGGACGAGCGAGGGCCAUCUGAGCAUCGCAAAGAUUGAUAAGAAACCGUCGUUCAGCAUGACAGUGAGACGGACCGGUGUGCUGUAG